UUCUCAAAGUCAAGCCCUUUACACCCUCACCUUUCUUCUAUAUAUCUUCUCAUCCCAACAGCCCCCAAGAAAUCCCAUAUUCUCCAUCUUUGAUUCUUUACCUCCUCCUCUUUCUAAAUGGGAAAUGCAGUAUCUCCAUGUUUCCGAUCAAACCCUAACCCUAAUUGCAGUUCUUCCUCUGUGAAGUUGGUCUUUUGGGAAGGAACAACAAGAAUUCUCACAGGAAAACAUGUUGCUGGGGAGAUCAUGUUUGAGUUUCCUGACAAAAUGGUUUGCCAUGGAGACUCUUUCUUUAUCGGCCACCCGGUACCGGCCUUAGGCAUAGAUGAUGAGCUUAUGUAUGGACAAACCUACUUUGUUCUUCCUAUUGAUCGCUUUGCUUGCAGUGUCCUCACAGCCUCUUCUCUUGCAAGCUUAGGAUCAAGCCCUAAAAACUCCCCUGUCAAUUUUGGAGACUGUCCGUUUGAGUACAUUAAGGGUGAGAAUGGAAAGGUUUCAAUUAAGGUUGUGCCAGAGCUCAUAACAAGGCUUAUUACCCGAGGUAUGGAAAUUGGGUCUAGUAGUCCUAGCAAUAGUGUUCUUUGUAGCACGCCAGAGUUGCAAAAGCAGUAUGAUCAACUUGUUGGGUCUAAGGAGCAAGUAUGGUCACCUAAGCUUGAAACCAUUUCAGAGCAUAAGAUUAGGUUAUCACCUUGCAGAUUUAUAGGGUUGGAGUGGAAACAAAAAAAAGAAGGAAGGGUAAUUAAUAUGUUAUGGUAGCUAGAGAAUUUUUGUUAGUGGUGAAAGAAAGACAUGUAUAAUACAAUCUGAUCGAUUUGAUUUUUUUUU